AUGGAUGCCGCGGGAGGAGACGGGCCGCACCUGCAAACGAAGCAAGAGAGCGCGCCGCUGCAAUCGUUGAGGGGAAGGCGGGCGAGGGGCGGAGGAGAGGGAGGGCGCGAGCAGAAGGAAGGGAGGUUAUACGAGAGCGAAAACCACGCUCGGCAUCUCCCGGAGAUCACGGUGGGGACGGUGGGCGAGUCGUUCGACGUCCGGGAAAACGGGGCGAGUGCGGGGCCGCAGGAGCAGCCUUUGACGGAAGGGACGCUGGCGACUCCUCCCGCCUGGGACUCGACGCUAUGCAUGGCUCACUGGGGCGUACCGGAGCUGCAAGACGAGCCAGACCCGAACGGCUAUGUAGUUUACGUCAACGGCAGGGAGCAGCUAGGGGGCAACAAGUUCCUCGUGACUGACGGAAUCUUCAUGGCCAAGGCGCUCGGACGGACGUUCGUCGAGUACCCUGUCAAGGACGCCAGGGUGGCAAAGCUGGAGGAUGCGUCCAUCGGCCUCGGCGCCUACUGGGAUCUCUCAGAGCUGUGCAUGUACCACCGUAUCCUGGACCUGACCAGCUUCCGGAACAUGAUGGCCGACGGAAGAAUACCCCCGGAGGCUUUCACCACCAUCAGAUCUGACACUCACGAGGUGCUCCUCCGCCACGCCACUGACGAAGAGCACAUUGUCGACAUGUUCAAGGACUCCGACAAGUAUCAGGUGAUCGCGAUGGAGUCGACGUGGAAAAGCGGCAAAGAACGGGAAGCUCUUCAGUUUCUCAGGCCAAACCCGUUCUUCGUGGGCAUCGUCCGAAUGCUUCUUGAAGCGCAGAAGGACUGGGAGACUGGGGAAUUUGUGGCAGUGCAAUGGAGGACAGAGUUGGCCAACGGAGACCUCACCGAGUGCUACAAAGAGGUGAAGGCUCUCGUCGAGGAGCAAAGGGUGGCCCUCGGGUAUGGCACUCACCAGGUGCUGUUCAACACCGACCUGUACGGCAAGACCUCUGGGACGUACAAGGCCUCGGCCCAGGCGCACGGGGCGGCCGUGCUGGACCUGAUAAACGACGACUACCCGCAAGCCCUCCACAACGAGCUGCACCACUUCUUCACUGAGAUCGACGACUCCGGUGUGCGAGCGUUCGUGAGCGGCCUGGCGGUGGCCUCCUCCCAGGUGAUGAUCGGGUCCUCUCUCAACGACCCCCGAACGAAGGAUAUCCCGGACGCCUACCGCUGCGAGAAGCCCUACUCGGGCUACAUCACGCUCAUCACCGAGUGGAGGGAAGAGAUACUGCACAAGGAGCCGGAGACGGUUGUCCGUAUGUUUCCCUUCGAGUACCCUCCCCCGUCCGAGACAGAGGAAGAGCUAGCGCCACAGCCAGAGCCAGAGCCCGUUCGGGAGCCGUGACCCUGUUUUACCGGCGCGGCCGGCUCUCUCGGCGGGCCUGGGCUUGGAACAGCAGCAGGGCCUCGGGACAGCCCGAGAACAACGACCUCACCGGCCCACGCCGUGUGUGGUGUUUCGUGUUCCGUAAGCUAGGUCAGCCCCGCCUGCAUCUAUAGCAUAUUCGAAAAUGUUCCAAGGCCCGACGAUGUAUUGCCGGCGCAGCAUUCAGGUUGAGGCAUUUUUUGUAUCAUGUGCAAUGCAUACUGUUGUGUUCGCGGAGUGGCCGCGUCACAUUUUCCCUGAGAAAGAGGUUAUCUAUCGAUGCUGGCGGAUGAAGAAUGCGGGGUUUUGUGAGUUCGUGUGCAUUGGGAGUGCCGGCAGGGUUCCUCGAGAUAACUGGUGGCAAGGACGCUCGUUGUGCCUCACAAAUCGAACGAGGGUACAGUCACAGCAGCGUGGCACAUGAAGUCGCGAGCUCCAAAUCAUGGGCAUGGGUACAGCGGUAACUCUCGUAUUUUUCGUUUUCGACCUGUAAGUGUUUCGUUUUUUAUUCUGUAUCCUGGCGUGCUGUUUCGUGCCAACAUUCUUCCGCUUCUUUGUGUUUUUCAUGUGGUAGUUUGGUAUUGUGCCAUGUCUUCUGCGUUGGGUUGCGUGUAUGUUGGAUGCCCCUGCCUCCUCCUUCCCCGGUUUUUGUGGUGUUGAAUUUGAUCACCAGAGUGGCCACGCUCUUCACACGUGUUCCGUCGCAUGGUCUUACGAAGGCGUCACUUUGAACACGGUGCGCAUUGUUGGAGGUUCAGCGACUCGCAAAACCCGUGGCCUUGUCCUCUCUGAAGGCUGUAUUCUCGAUGCGUCUUGGCCUUCGUUUUUGAUGAAGUCUGGAUACUUGCUUGCACAAUCGAGAGUUUUGUUUGCGUGUUUGCUUGUUCGUUAAUGGUCUCUGCACCGUGUGCCUUGUUCUGCCUCAUACUUCCUGUUAUUUUCGGCCUGGUCCCUCUUUGUCCUCGCCCGUUUUCAUUUUUCAUUUUAUUUUCAUUUAUUUUCUCUUCUCCUUACGGUUU